CGCUUCUCUCAAGUUCACUCCCGAUUCAAGUGACACCAUAAUCUCCAUCCCCUCCACGCACCCGAUUCCAACUGCUCGCGCUCUCGAUCUCCCUCUAUCUCUCAUGGCUGCAGCUACUACAAGUCGGCCUAGCGGCCCGGUCCUGUCCAUACCCAGCUACCGCUCCGCCUCGCCCACCCGCGUCAAGCUCGCCGGCAGCAGCGGCCCCACCCGCUCGCCGGGCAAGUCCGUCAGCGUCUCGUCCCCGCCCUCCACCAGGAGCCGGCGGUCCUGCAUGUGCUCCUCGACAAACCACCCUGGCUCGUUCCGGUGCAGCCUCCACAAGGAGCGCAAGCAGGCGUCCCCCGCCGUGAGCAGCAAGCCGGCCUCCCCGCCGUCCAUCCGCAGUAGCUGCAGCCUGGGCUCGAAGCGCAUGGAUAGCGCUCAGUGUGCCCGCAGAACCCUCGUGCCGUCCCCCGCAGCGCAGCAGUCACAGCACCGGAGGCGCGCGGGCGGGUUCCGCCCCAGGCCCAGCCGGCUCUCAGCCGUCUCGGUGGCCGGCGAGCGUCCAGGCGACAACCAGUAAAAGAACCAGCGUCGACAUGCCAUAGCAAGAUAGUAGUACUAGUAGUACAUAGUGAUCUUCUGGAGAUAGAAUCGGUGGGGAUUAGACCCAAUCCGGUUCCGGACUGGUCAAUUUAGAUAGAGUGAGCUUGUCCUCUGCUGUCAGCGGUGUAAAAGGAACGCCCUUGGCUUUUGGAUAUAUACAUGAGUGACAAAUUGGAGACA